UCUGUGUGCGCUAGCUGAUUCAGAGCCUGCUUUUUGCACGUAUAGAUAAGCAGCAUAGGCCAGAAGUUGCCCGGAGGUAAGGCCCAGCACUGCUACACGCGGCUCGCGCGCAAGUCUGCUCAAUAAAGCGGCGCGCGGGGCACAGCAUAGGCCAGCCCUGCCUAGCGUUGCAGCAGAGCGCUGCUGCACGCGAGCGCCAGAAGCAUACAUGCGCCGCACGGCUCUCAUGAGCGCUCUGCUCCUCAGGAGCAGUGCAGCGCUGCGAGCGGGCACGACAGCGCUGCGAAUGCGACGCGGCGUCGCGCGUGCGGCCAGAAAAACCAAGGAGGAGGACGCCGCCGCCGCGGCGCCGGUCAUCAACUGGUACCCGGGCCACAUCGCGCGCGCCGAGCGCGAACUCAGAGGCUACCUGAAGCGCGUGGACGUGGUCGUCGAGGCGCGCGACGCGCGCAUUGGAAGGAGCACGGCGCACCCUGAUUUAGCAGAGUGGGUCGGCGACCGGCCGCGCGUCGUCGUCUUCACGUUCGCGGACCUCGCGCCUCCCAAGGUCCUGAGCGACUGGCGGGCUGCAAUGGAAGAGGACGUGUUUUUUGUGGAUGCGCGGCGCGGCGGCGACAAGGAGUUCCGGGGCGUGCGCGGCGCGCUGCAGAAAUGUGGGAGAGCCGUCAACGAAAAAAGGAAGAAGAAGGGCAUCGCGCCGCGGUCCGCGCGCGUCGCCGUCGUGGGCUACCCGAACGUGGGCAAGUCAGCGCUCAUCAACCGCCUGGCGGGGCGCAAGGCGGCCAAGUCCGAGGACCGCGCGGGCGUGACGCGGAGCCUGGGCUGGGUGCGGUCGAAGUCGAACGACGGCCGGCCGCCGCCCUUCGAGCUGCUCGACUCGCCGGGCAUCAUUCCGGCGAAGCAGAACGACCCGCGCCAGGCCGCGCGCUUAGCCAUGUGCGGCCGCAUCGGCCAGGCGUCCUACGACGAGCGCCGCGUCGCCGAGGCGUUGUUGAUGGAGCUGCGGUCAUCAAACUACGCGCCCGGCGCGGCCAAGAAAAUACAAGAAAAAUACGGCCUGUCCCUCGACGCGGACCCGGACAUGUUCCUGGCGGCCCUCGCUGAUCAACGGUACGACGGCGACGACGCGCGCGCGGCCGUCGCCGUGCUCGGCGACUUCCGGUCAGGGAGAUUAGGCAACGUCGCGCUCGAGGGGCCGCCGCCGCGGGAGAUAGUGGAGGAGCCGGUCAUCGUCGAGGCGCCCCCCACAGAAAAGCCGGUCGAGGCGGCCGGGAGCGACUUCGACCGGCGGAUGAGUGAAGGCGACUUCGCGGGCUGGUGAUUGAUAAACAUAAUUGUAUCUUA